AAAGUCAUCAAGACUCAGGACUUGCCGAGGUCAAUAACAAAUGCGAGGAAAACAAAAGCUUUCCCGCCGCCGGCCGGCGCCAGCAAUAAAAACAACCCGAACAAGGAGGACCGGAGGAGAACGAGAGCAGAAAUCAGGCCAAGAUCCGCACCAACCGAAACAUCUUUCCCUGCGAGACGGGAAUUCAGGGGUCGAUGGAGCCCGAUCCGGCGACGCCGCCAGCUGGGGGCACCGCGGCGUCCGUGCCGCCGCCGCCGCCGUCGUCGCUGAUCUUCCUGGGCACGGGCUGCUCCGGAGCGCUGCCCGACACACGGUGCCUCAUCAGGCCGGGCACGCCGCCAUGCCACGUCUGCUCCAUGGGUCUCUCCCUCCCGCCGGACCAGAACCCCAACUACAGGCUCAACACUUCCCUCCUGAUAGACUACUGCCAUGACGAUGGAACCCACAAGUACAUUCUAAUCGAUAUCGGCAAGACCUUCAGAGAGCAAGUCCUCCGGUGGUUUGUCCAUCACAAAGUUCCUUCAGUUGAUUCGAUCAUUCUCACUCACGAACACGCGGAUGCUGUCUUGGGCCUUGAUGAAGUCUGGGUGGUGCAGCCAAGAAAUGACAGAAACGAUUUUGAGCAAAUUCCUAUUUUUCUAACACAAUUCACAAUGGACAGUGUCGUGAGAAGGUUCCCCUACUUGGUGGAGCAGAAGCCAGAGGAUGGCGAUGAAGAUGCCCAAGCCGCGAAGAUCGACUGGAAGAUAAUUGAGGAGGAUGUCGACAAACCAUUUGCAGCAUCGGGGCUAGAGUUUGUGCCAUUGCCGGUAAUGCAUGGAGAGGGGUAUAUUUGUUUAGGCUUUUUAUUCGGGAGGAGAGCCAGAGUUGCAUAUUUAUCUGAUGUCUCAAGAUUUCUACCUAAAACUGAGCAUGCUAUUUCAAAGUCUGGUGCUGGACAACUUGACCUUCUUAUACUAGAAGCAAACGCUUUGCAUGGAGUAGGAGAUGCUUUCAGCACCCACUUAACUCUGAGUGAGUCUCUUGAUGCUAUCAAGAGGAUUCAUCCUAAAAGAGCUCUGUUGAUUGGAAUGAGGCAUUUUUUUGAGCAUCAGAGAGAAAACCAGAUGUUGGCAGAAUGGUCUAUCAGUGAAGGAAUACCGGUACAACUGGCUCAUGACGGUCUGCGUGUCUUCAUUGACUUGUAAUAGUAGUCGAGGACUAUUUAACUUUGUUGGUACCUUUGAACAAUUUCAAUGAUGUCAUCGCAGAUUUUGCAGCAUCCACAUUUCUGUUGCCGAUUGAACGAAGAUCCGCCAGAUCAGUAGUUUAGCGAUGAUUUUGAGAUUUUUAUGUAUCCAAGAGAUUGUAAGUUCCGCCAAACAACCUAUUUUGAAACAGUGUCAGUGUAUAUGCAA